CAAGAAGCAAAGCCCGAGGCCUACCCGAACGGGCCGAUAGCCGUCUACGAUCCCUACAUUGAUUUGUACUUGGAGCCCACGGUUGAAGAGGCCCGCGAGUACGACGUGAUUAUGAACGUGGCAAGCGAAGUUCGCAAUCCUUUUGUUGGCACUACAAGUUCAACGACAGAAAAUGCUUCCGCCAAUACCGAACCGGAAUACAUUCACGUCAAGUGGGAACACAACAGUGACAUUGUGCCCGAUCUGCUCAAUCUCGUCAAACUCAUCGAUGAGCGGGUCAUGCAACGCAAGCGCGUGCUGAUCCAUUGCCAAUGCGGCGUGAGCAGGUCUGCUAGUUUGGUUGUGGCAUAUGGACUCUACAAAGAUCCUAGUCUAUCCGUCCAGGAGGCUUACGAUCUGGUGAAGACAAGGAGCAAGUGGAUCGGGCCCAACAUGAAUCUGAUCAUGCAGCUGCAAGAAUUCAGGUCAAGCCUG